ACUUAUAAUUGCUAAAUUAGUCACCAUAGUAACUUUCUAUUCUCUCUGCAUUUUCAAGUUAUUAUAACUAAAGUUACUUUGGUAACUUUAUUCGUAGUCACCAAAAUAAUGAAGUGAACAGACCCUACUUGUCCUUGUUUUAAAUUUUCUAAAAUAGACUUAAAGCUUAGGUUUCUUGACAUUUUUAGUUGAUGUAGUUACUAAAGAACAACACUAAGCUAGUUUGUGUUUUAAAAAUCUACCUUUCUAGAAACAUUGAAUGAACUAUAUUUAUGUUCCAAGGCUUGAUUUUUGUUAAUUUGUGGAGUUAUGAUUGUGAUUUUUAUUGAGAUUUUCUUGCUUUUGUAAUAUAAUCCAGUUAAUGUACCUUUGGGUUCUCUACAGCACAAUUAAAUAAAGUUAUUACAUUGUAAACAGUUAUGUAUGAAUAUUUAUAUUUAGGGAUGAUAGUGAUGGGCAGAUAUGGAGACAUUUGACCACAUACAUGGUCAUGUAUGUCUGAGUCAUACACACUUAUGUCUCUAUAUGGGCAAGACAUUUAAAUAUCGCUCAUAUCUAAAAAAUAUAUUUAUUAUUUUCAAAAAUUCCCUUGUUCCAGUUCCUGAUUCACUCUUGGUUCUGGCUUAUUUCAUAAGAACAUUUAAUUCCAUUGCAGAAAAGUUGCCCCUCAAAACUAAGUUGGAGUUAAAAACAGGAAAUUCGGAAAUAGCUGAAAUGUUUAAUGACAGGCAUGCUUCCUGGCCAAAAGCGCAAACAACUGAAUCAUCCUCUGAUUGGCAGUAUUUUCAAAAACAACAUAAUAGGUAUUUUAUUAGAAAAGCUAAACCAUCAGUCUGUGUCUCUGCACUAAUUGAAAAUGAAGGAAAUCCGGCAACAACAUUCAGAAAAAAGUCAAAUUUGACGAGCUAUUCCCUCUUUUUAUAUCUCUUUUAGCUGACUCAGGGCAAUAUGCGUGUGUAUUUUACAUUUGUGAAUUAUCGUUUCUUGCUCUCAGUGGCAUUCCCUGUAUAAAUAAAGGUUUGAACAUAAUGAUUCAACACUUGACACAGAUUGCUAGACAAAGCUCCACCUCCAACUUGCUUGAGUCAAACCAGGAAGUAGACUGUUGUUCCUCCACCAAGAAAUGACACACGUAAGCUGAGAGACAGAAAAUAACAAUAAAAGACUAGACCUGCAACUUCCCCUGAGGGAGGAAAAAUACAGCAGGAAAUAGAGGGAUUUCUGCAACUUAAACCUGCGAUUGACUGCACACAUGGACUGUGGAUUUGAAAAAAACGUCUCAGAGUGAUAGGAAUUUUCAAGAGGAAGGAGAGGAGUCACGACUGACUUCCUGUUUAGGGCUCUGCCUGGUGUGUUUUCAGCCUCAAUAAGAGAGAAAAUGGCUUUCCAAACUGAGGAGGAUCUCUCCUGUCCAGUCUGCCAGGACAUAUUUAAAGAUCCUGUUGUUCUGUCAUGUAGCCACAGCUUCUGCAAACACUGUCUGCAGAGCUGGUGGAGAGGGAAACCUGUACAGGAGUGUCCAGUUUGUAAGAGGAGAUCAUCAAGGAGUGACCCGCCUCGUAACUUGGCUUUAAAGAACCUGUGUGAGACCUUCUUGCUGGAGAGAGAUCAGAGAGCUUCAGCAGGGUCUGAGUCUCUCUGCAGUCUGCACUCUGAGAAACUGAAGCUCUUCUGUCUGGACCAUCAGCAGCCAGUGUGUCUCAUCUGCAGAGAUUCAAAAACACACAACAACCACAGAUUCAGACCCAUUCAUGAAUUUGCACAGGAUCACAGAGAGGAGAUUCAGAAAUCCCUGAAGCCUUUACAAGAGAAACUGAAGCUGUUUGAACAAGUUAAAGGAAACUGUGAUCAAACAGCAGAACACAUUAAGGUCCAGGUCCGACACACAGAGAGGCAGAUUAAGGAGCAGUUUAAGAAGUUUCACCAGUUUCUACAAGAGGAAGAGGAGGCCAGGAUCACUGCUCUGAGGGAGGAAGAGGAGCUGAAGAGUCAGAUGAUGAAGGAGAAGAUUGAGGCUCUGAGCAGAGAGAUAGCAGCUCUUUCACACACAAUCAGAGCCACAGAGGAGGAGCUAAGAGGUGACGACGUUUCAUUCCUGCUCAACUACAAGGCUGCAGUGAAAAGAGUCCAGCAGCGCCCCCUGCUGGAGGAUCCAGAGCCGGUUUUAGGAGCUCUGAUAGAUGUGGCCAAACACCUGGGCAACCUGACCUUCAACAUCUGGAACAAGAUGAAGGAGAUGGUCUCCUAUACUCCUGUGAUUCUGGAUCCAAACACUGCCAAUCCAGAAUUUAUCCUGUCUGAGAAUCUGACCAGUGUGAGCCACGGAGAAAAACAGAAUCUUCCUGACAACCCAGAGAGGAUUGACUAUCAUCGUUCUGUCCGGGGCUGGGAGGGCUUUAGCACAGGUGUUCACAACUGGAAUGUUGAAGUUCGAGACAAUACAGCCUGGUUUGUUGGUGUGGCUGCAGAAUCUGUCCAGAAAAGGGGACGAAUAAAAACUGGGUUCUGGCAAAUAGAGUUUCACAACAGUAAAUACAGUGCACGUUUGUUAGGAGAACCAGCGGCUGUUCUCCGGGUAAAGAAGAAGCUUCAGAGGAUCAGAGUUCAUUUGGACUGGAACAAAGGAAAACUGUCAUUCUUUGACCUUGAUACUAACACACACAUACACACCUUCACACACACUUUCACUGAGAAGCUGUUUCCAUGCAUUGGUACUUUGAAUGAACUCCCAGUAAAGAUAUUACAAGACAAGAUCUCUAUAACCAGAGAAUGCAUAAGUUAGAGAUGAUUGUGAGGAUAAUGGACAGAGGCGUUGUCUCAUAUUUAAAAGGAGUGCAAUAACAUUUCAGAUUAACACAACAUUUCUGAAAACAUAGCACCUAAAGCUGCAUUUCUGUUUUUUCUUUUAAGUAUGCUACAGUUUCAACUCCCAAGAAAAAUAUCUCUCAGUUCAGUAAAUGCUCCACUUUCUUCACCUGCUAGUGUUGUUAACUUUGUCUGGUGUUUGAUGCUGGCGAGGUGAGGAACAGUUUUUCAGGGCUUGUUUUCUGGCAACACAGAGACUAAACCAUGCAAUAAAUGUGUCAUAAACUAAAAGAAGCUAUAAAGCUCUGUAGAGCUGUAGACUUUUCUGUUGGUUCAUCAUAACAAGCCCCAAUCACAGGCAUUUUAUUUAUCAUUGAUAUAAAAGUGUUGAUUAGUGAGUCUGCAGCUCACAUCUUGGAUAUCUGCUGUAAUUUCUCAUAUCUGUUUUCUUUAUGUUGCCACUGAGUUUAAAGGUAGGCAGAGUUUGUAUCCUUAAAAUGUUUUCAACUUGAAUUGAGACUUAAUAGUUAUAAACUGCUGAUUUGUAUUCUUUUAAAGUAACACACUACUGAGUAAUUUACACAGUUCACUCUAAGCAUGCUUUUCUCUUACCCUACUUGGCCAAAAGUAUGUGGACAACCGAACACUAUGCCCAUAUGUGGUGUUGGACAGGACCCUGACUUCCUGAUCAUCUCUGGUCAGCAAAUCUGGUUCCAUUGUGUUGAGUUCUUGGACCCUUUUCUUAUAGGUGUAGUUGAACAUGUUCAAAACCCUGGGCAUUAACCUGCUGCUGUAAGAGCCUCCACUUAUUUUCAGGUUUUUCCACCAGGUUUUAGUACCUGGCUGCAGGGAUUUUCUCUCAUUUAGCCACAACAGGACCACAUGAAUGAUAUUCAGCUCUGAUGUCAGGGGUUGAGGCCAGGGCUCUGGGUGUUGUCAUGUUGGGACAGCAUGACUGCACCACAAGAAUACUAUGAACAGUGAAAGGUGCGCACAUACUUUUUUUUUUUAAUCUACUUAAACUGAGGAGUUGUGGUGCCGAUGCUGUCAGUCAAGCUUUUUCAUAAAACCAGAUUUUCUUGUUUAUGUACUCAGUUUUGCUGUUGCUAUUUAUUACUGUUUGCUGCUGCAAUGACUUGUUCAGAACUAACAGACAUUCCUUUUCCUUGAGUUGGUGAUCUGCACAUUUCAACUAGCUUGUCCGACAGGUCAACAUUUCCAACAUUUGUCCAACAAUUCAAAUCAAAAUCAAAUUCUGAAAUAAGACAGACACACAGAUUAUUUGUGGGUCUUGAAAAGACAUUCAAUUCAAGCAUUCAAUUCAGUUAAUCUAAGGUAUAAGGUACUAAAAAGUCUUGCAUUUCUUUUACAAACCUCUUAAAUAUGUUGAUUCAGUUGGUUAUUCAUUUUGCUUUGGUUGGAGGCUGUUGAGACACUGUUCUUUUGUUUUUUGUUUUUGAGUCAAUGCCAUCAUCCUUGUGGUAAACACUGUUGGUACUGUUAGCCAUAGCUGCUAAGAAGCUCACUGGGCAUGUGCCAAUUUUAAAAAAAGGAAGCUUAAACUGACUUAUUUUAAACAUUUAAACCUUUAAGAAAAAUUGAUAGCUGGAUGUUAAUCCAUCCACCCAUCUGCUGCCUAUGUGGGUCGUGGUCACAUUAAAUAUUUAAUUAUACUACUGGGAAUCACUGUUAUACAGCUUGAAAGUAUGUAGUAAGUAUGUAAAAAAAAUUGUUUUGCCCUUACUGUAUUCUGUGUGGUGUUACAAAUGUCUUAGUAUACUUGAAUUUAAUGGUGACCACUGCAGAAAACCUGCACACACUAUCUAUAAUUUAAUAAAACUCAAAGAGAAAUUUGAACAAAUUAACAAGAGGCUAGAACUUGUAAAGCAAGCAACACACAGCCAAAAUGUAAUGAAAUGCAAUAUGUGUAUAAUGUCAUCAAAAGACAAUAAAAAACUUUUAACAAAACACAAA